AUGGAUACCAGUACCUCCAAGGUCUACCAUGUAGACGGUUAUGAUUCCAGACAAUACUUGGAGCAUUAUUUUUCAGAUAAACCUGAUUUGACCUUUAAAGAUGACACCUUGAUUUUCCCCAUUGAAAAUCUUACGAAGAUUUUUAAAAAAGGUCAUAUUAAAGGAGAUCUCAUGAUUGACCUCAGCACUGGUUCUAUGAUUCAUUAUCUGUUGCCAUCCUGUGAGUUCUUCAAACGCAUCUUAGUGUUGAAGGUUAAAGACAGAUGCAUUUUGGAGCUGAAGAGAUGGCUGGACACACGUACUGGAGCAUUUAAUUGGGGACAUGCUGCAAAACUUCAUGUAGACAUAGCAGGAAACAGUGACCAGUUACAGGACACAGAAGAAAAACUGAAAUCAGCCGUUGAACACGUUGUGAAGUGUAAUCUCGCGAAGGAAAAUAUGACGGAUCCAAUAGUCUUACCACCAGCAGAUUGUAUCAUCAGCGCUUGGCUUCUAGAUAAUGUCUGUAAAAACCAAGAUGACUACAUCAGAUAUCUGAGGAAGAUGUCAAAGCUGCUGAAACCUGGCGGACACCUCAUAUUGAUUGGGUGUUUAGAGAUAUCUUAUUAUACAGUCGGGAAAGACAAGCUCCAUGCCUUUUCUUAUGAUGAGGAUUUUGCAAGGAAAGCUCUAGGGGAAGUAGGUUUUGUUAUUGAUGACUGUAAAGUUAAAAAGAGAAAAGCUCAGAGUGACCUUGCUGACUAUAAGGCCAUAAUAUUCAUUGCAGCUCACAAGGUGAAGUAG